AUGGUGAUGCCUGUGCAACAAAACUUAACACGAACAACAGUCUUCGACACUUUAAUAAAAGCCCUGAACAAAAGCGCUCUGGGGCGAGUGGACUUCAACAGCACUUUUGUAGAAGACAUAAAUGAAUGUGCUACUAACGCAUCAUCAUGUUCACGCUUGGCCACAUGCAACAACACUGUAGGAAGUUAUGAAUGUAACUGUAAUCCAGGAAUAAAAGAUGAGAAUCCAACAAAUCCUGGAAGACAAUGUAAAGAUCCUGUUCUCUGCUUCAGCAGCACUAACCUUUGCUCAGCACAAAAUAAUGACUGUCUUGACUCCAAAAAUCAGAUAUGCUCAAGUAAACAAGCUUUUGCUUGUGAAAUUUUGUUUAAAAACUUGGUGUUUGGUCCUGAACUUUAUAACUCUGAAAGCCAAAGGUAUAAGAAUUUGUCCCAAAGCAUCACAACAGAUGUUGUUAAACAAAUGCGAAUCAGCCUGAGAGAUGACAGCUUUUAUAUCAUAGUGGUUGGAUUUAGACCUGGGAGUGUGAUCGCCUAUUUUGUUUCUCUACUACAAGGACAACAGUCCAUUGAUGCAAAUACUCUUCAAGCAAAUUUAAGCAAAAUAGUAAAGAAUGUGUUUGGUAAUGAAACUGAAGUAACCGUACAAUCAAUCCCAACAUCUUCGGAAACAAAUAUGGCCUGGAAAACAGCGGUGAUUGUCCUUGGAGUUCUACUUGGAGUUGCAUUGAUAUUUGCUUUGCUGAUACUGUCAGUGUGCCUUUGGAUGAGGUCUACAGCUGGGGAAUAUUGGCUUGAACCUAAAGGACUUAUGGGAAAUUUUGCCUACCACUACUUAUAA